AUGUUUGCUCUUCUAAUGGCAGCACAAUCCAAAUCAAUAUCUUCAACGAACCUUCCACCAAAGGACGAUCAAGAUCUCCGUCUUGCCAUGGAAGAGAUGCAAAAAGCCAAUUACUUCACAUUUGUAAUGUUGCUCAACAUGUUGCCCCUUGACCCAAAGUUCCUUGCUAACGUAACUUUUUUAAUGCCCAAUGAUCGGAUGUUGUCAAAAACGGUAAUCCCAGAUAACGCGGUUUCCAGCUUCUUGCAUCGUCAUUCAAUCCCUUCACCAUUGAUUUUCGAGCAUCUUUUAUAUAUCCCGACGGGUUCGGUUCUUCCCAGUUUAAUGCCGGAGUACUUGAUGAAUGUCUCGAAUGGCGGUGGUCGAAGAACUUUUGUCCUCAACAAUGUUAAAAUCAUUAGCCCGAAUAUAUGUACUGUCGGGUCGUCCAUCCGGUGCCAUGGUAUCGAUGGGGUGUUAAACCCUGAAAGUAAUAUAUCUCUACAUACUUGCUCUAACACCAUGGUUCCUGUACCACCACCACCUUCUCUGGUGGCCCCAUCACCUUUAUUGCCACCACCACCUCCAUCACCAGUCCCAUUUUUUUCUUCCCCUGAAGAUGAUUUUCCGGUGCCUGCCCCAUUACCGGCUGAUAGUAGCCAACAUAUUUCUGGGUCUUCAAAGUUAUCAUUAGGUAGAAAAAUGUUGAAAUCAAUGGCUACCAUUUUGGUACCACUAAUGAUUGGUGUUUCCAUUUGA